CUCCCGAGGAAUUCCGCGGCGCUGGCCCGUCGGGAGGCAGGGCGCGGACGCCGGGGCGCCACGCGAUUGGCUGGCCCGGGGUGCUCUACUCCUCUGCGCGGCGGCCGGCCGCGGGCUCAUCUCCCUUCCCGCCGCUGAGCCCGGGGCGGGGAAGCAGCAGCGUCGUGGCCUUUCGCCGCGAGCUGGCCCGGAACGCGGGCCGCGCUCGCCACGCUGCUCGCCCCAGGGCUAAGCACAGCAUCCGAGGGCGAGGAGAUAUGCGGGCCUCACCGCGCCGCUGUAGGCGGAGGGAGAAAAACUGACCCAGGCAGCACGGAGCGCGACUGCCACCACCAGCUGCGGGCUCAGGAGUCUGUAGAAGAGGCCACACCAGGACUUCCAGAUGAACAACCGAAAGGAAGAUAUGGAAAUCACGUCCCACUACCGGCACCUGCUUCGUGAGCUUAACGAGCAGAGGCAGCACGGGGUUCUGUGUGACGUCUGCGUCGUCGUGGAGGGCAAGGUCUUCAAGGCACACAAGAACGUCUUGCUUGGGAGCAGCCGCUACUUCAAGACGCUGUACUGCCAGGUGCAGAAGACAUCCGACCAGGCGACAGUCACCCACUUGGACAUCGUCACCGCACAGGGUUUCAAGGCCAUCAUUGACUUCAUGUACUCCGCCCAUCUGGCCCUCACAAGCAGGAACGUCAUCGAGGUGAUGUCUGCUGCCAGCUUCCUGCAGAUGACGGACAUUGUGCAGGCCUGCCACGACUUCAUCAAGGCCGCGUUGGACAUCAGCAUCAAGUCGGACACCUCGGACGAACUCUCAGAGUUCGAGAUUGGUGCCACGUCCAGCAGCAGCACAGAGGCACUCAUCUCGGCCGUGAUGGCGGGGAGGAGCAUCUCCCCGUGGCUGGCACGGCGGACAAGCCCGGCCAAUUCCUCCGGAGACUCGGCCAUUGCCAGCUGCCAUGAGGGCGGGAGCAGUUACGGGAAGGAGGAUCCAGAGCCCAAGGUCGAUGGCCCUGAGGACAUUUCCUCACAGGCUCUGUGGCCCGGAGACGUGGGCUAUGGGCCCCUGCGCAUCAAGGAGGAACAGAUCUCGCCUUCUCACUAUGGAGGCAGUGAGCUGCCCUCUGGCAAAGAUGGUGCCAUCCAGAGCUCUUUUUCGGAGCAGGGUGCUGGGGACAGCUGGCAGCCCACAGGCCGGAGGAAGAACCGAAAGAACAAAGAGACUGUCCGGCACAUCACGCAGCAGGUGGAAGAUGACAGCCAGGCAGGCUCCCCGGUGCCCUCGUUCCUUCCCACACCGGGAUGGCCCUUCAGCAGCCGAGACUCAAAUGCAGACCUAACUGUCACUGAGGCCAGCAGUUCAGACAGCCGAGCAGAGCGGGCUGAGCUCUAUGCGCACGUCGAUGAGGGUCUGCUGGGAGGAGAAGCCAGCUUCUUGGGUCCGCCACUGACCCCUGAGAAGGAUGAGGCCCUGCAUCAGGCUACGGCGGUGGCCAGCCUGCGUGCGGCACUCAUGAGCAAGAACAGCCUGCUGUCCCUCAAGGCCGACAUGCUCGGAGAGGAUGGCUCCUUGCUGUUCGAGUAUCUGCCCAAAGGCACCCACUCGCUGUCCUUGAAUGAGUUCACGGUGAUCAGGAAGAAGUUCAAGUGCCCCUACUGCAGCUUCUCGGCGAUGCACCAGUGCAUCCUCAAGCGGCACAUGCGCUCGCACACGGGGGAGCGGCCGUACCCGUGUGAGAUCUGCGGGAAGAAGUUCACGCGGCGUGAGCAUAUGAAGCGGCACACUCUGGUGCACAGCAAAGACAAGAAGUACGUGUGCAAGGUGUGCAGCCGCGUGUUCAUGUCGGCGGCCAGCGUGGGCAUCAAGCACGGCUCACGGCGCCACGGUGUGUGUGCCGACUGCGCGGGUCGUGGCGUGGCUGCGCCCUUGGACCACGGCGGUGGCGAGGGCUCCCCCGAAGCACUGUUUGCGGUUGACGGGCCCUACUUGGAGGACCCCGACGACCCUCGAGUGGAGGGCGAGGAGGAGCUGGGGGAGGAUGAGGACGACGACGUGGCCAAGUGGAAGGACGACGUGGGCCUGGCGCAUGAGGACGCGUUGCUGGGGGACGACAAGGACGAUGAGGACUCCCUGCGGGGUCCCCGCAGUCCUGCCGGGGAGCAGGACAAGGACUUUGCCUGGAUUUCCUAGGCCCCGCCCCGUCCCGUCCCGCGCGUGUCCUGUCCCGCGGGUCUCCUGCUGGGCGGGCGCGGCCCCUCCUCGGGCCCAGCUCCGCAGCAUCCCGCCGCGGAAAGCAGUGCCAUGGGCGAGGGCAGGUGCGACACUGCGAGUGGGGAGCGCGGGGCGGGGCACGAGGUGCGGGUGCAAGUGCGGGUGCCGGGAGGGGGGCACGCUGUGGUCCCCGCGGGUGCGCGCAGCUCCCGGCGCGGCGCUGCCUCUCCCUCCGCCCCGACCUGCCUGCCCCGGGUUCUCCUUCCUGUGCUCGCCGCUCGGGGCCAGCAGAGUCCGGGCUGCCGUGGGGGGAGCUCUGCGACCCUCAUACCCGGGGCUUUGGUGCUUAACACGGGGCGGAGCGGCCGGCCCGCGCCAGGUGCUAUCUCUCGGGCGGACGGCGGCGCCCCUUCUUGGCCACGCAGGCUCCCCCGAGGGCCGCCUGGCCCGCCUGGCCCCGGCCCCUGGGCUCCGCUCGGGGCUCCUACUGACCCUUCCUGGGACGGCUGGAGCCAGGCUCCGGCCUUUGUUGCUGCUAACGCCGCAGGUGGGGCGCCUAGCUGCGGUGCGCUGCUUGCACCUCCCCACCUGGGUAACCAAAUUUUAAAGUAGUCAAACAGAUGGAGGUAGUUACAGAAAAGUAUUUUGUUUGGCAUUAUUUUUCUCACUUGAUGAAACUAUGUGGGGUUGUUUUACUUUUAGCUUGUUGUCAAGUCCUCUUAGGUUAAUUUUGAACGAUCUUGCUCCAGCCCUGUGCUUUUCGGAGUGAAAGCGAAGGCCGCAUUUGGGCACGCUGCGUGCCCCACCCUGCGGGUCCCAGAAGGCCACACUUGGCCUGCAGGACUGACCCCAGGACAGGACACAGGACGGGACACUCCUGCGGCCCAGUGCUGGGCGCGAGGGUGUAGAGUGCUGGCUCCAGCAGGAGGGUUCUAGCAUCUUUUCCCAGUCUGCAAGCCAAAUGGCUUUGACCAACUUUUUUACUGUGUCACAUCUAUUCUUUCUAAGUGGAAAAAGGAAAACUCCACAAAAACAUAACUUAGGUCUCAGUGGUCCCCUGGUCACAUGUCCACUGUAACAUUCCCCGAGUGCCAGCCGCCUUACCUGCCACUGCUGACGGGGACAGGGCUGGCGCACAUGGGGACAUGGGGACAUGGUGCUAUCCUAGAGGGCCUAUGUUACAGGAGAGGAGGCAAAGGUUUUGAUUUUUCAAGUAAAGUCAGCCACUGUCUCCCAGUUACAGGAGGCCCCUUCUGGCCUGGUGCGGGGUCUGCUGUCCGUUGUCCCUUGAUAGAGGCUGUGAGCCCUUCAGGGCCCUUGGCCUCUCCAGAGACGCCUGCUGCCGGCCAUCUGUGAGGGCAGCCCCAGGCACAUGGAUCAGUAGGGCAGCAUAGCUCAGCCCCCACCAAAGGAGCUCUGGGCUGAGCCCCUUUGGCCUUCCCAGCCCCCUUUGAGGGCUCCCUCAACUUUGUACCUUUCCUCCUGCUUUUUAAACACCUUUUCUAAUCAGACUUUCUUAUAAAAUGCAUUUGGAAACCAGACCUUUGCUACCAGCGUCUCUGGAUUUUGUACCAGUCCCCAGUCUCAGGCGCCACCCCAAGGCCCCGCUGCCUCUGCACUCAGGACCUCCCGCUCUCCUGCCUGCUGCGCCACCUCUGCCGGCCUUCCCUGCCAGUGCCUAGGAGGCACCUUCUGGAAACCCAGGGUCCCAGCCCCAGCCCUCCCCUGUGUUUGCUGUGUGGUGGCUUGGUUGCUCCCAUCAGCUUGCUAGUGGGUGUGGAGCCUCCCAGACCCAGAUGAACACGUCCACCUCAGCGGAGGCUGGGAGGGAGGCGGACGUGAUGGAGGUUUUUUUUUUUUUUAACGUGACUUUUUUUUUUUUAAAUCAAUGUUCAAACUAAUAAAUAUUUUUUUAUGAAGAA